GGAUCCCGCAGCUGCAGGAGGUCCGGGCCCCGCAAGCAGCUUUGCCGCCGCCACCGCCGUCACCGCCGCCACCGCCGCCACUGACGCCGCCGUCCGGCCCGGCUCCACUCCCGCGCCUUCCCACCGGCCAUGCCGCCCCGCCGCGCCAGGCGUCGGUGCGCAGCUGCUGCUCGCGCUGGCCCUGCUGCCGCUGCUGCUCUGCUCCGGCCCGCAGCGGCUGCCUGGCCAGCCGGUGCCCGCCGCGCCCUGGCCCGCGCCCGGGCCGUGCGCCGCGCAGCCCUGCCGGAACGGGGGCGUGUGCACCCCGCGCCCCGCGCCCGGCCCGCAGCACGCGGCCCCCGCCGGCGAGCUCGGCUACAGCUGCACCUGCCCCGCCGGGGUCUCCGGUGCCAACUGCCAGCUUGUUGCAGAUCCUUGUGCCAGCAACCCUUGUCACCAUGGCAACUGCAGCAGCAGCAGCAGCAGCGACGGCUACCUCUGCAUCUGCGAGGCAGGCUAUGAAGGUCCCGACUGCGAUCGCGCCCUUCCCAGUCUUCCAGCCUCGGGCUGGACCGAGUCCGUGGCGCCCAGACAGCUUCAGCCCGUCCCCGCCACCCCGGAGCCGGACGUAAUCCCUCCACGCUCCCAGGCGGCCGAGACGCUGCCCACCUGGCAGCCGAAGACAGGGCAGAAAGUUGUAGAAAUGAAAUGGGAUCAAGUGGAGGUGAUCCCGGAUGUUGCCUGUGGGAAUGCCAGUUCCAACAGCUCUGCGGGUGGCCGCCUGGUAUCCUUUGAAGUGCCACAGAACACCUCAGUGAAGAUUCGGCAAGACGCCACUGCUUCGCUGAUUUUGCUAUGGAAGGUCACAGCCACGGGGUUUCAACAGUGCUCCCUCAUAGAUGGCCGGAGCGUGACCCCUCUCCAGGCCCCAGGGGGCCUUGUUCUCCUGGAGGAGAUGCUCGUGUUGGGGAAUAACCACUUCAUUGGUUUUGUGAAUGAUUCUGUUACCAAAUCUAUUGUGGCUUUGCGCUUAACUCUGGUGGUGAAGGCCAGCACCUGUGUGCCGGGGGACAGCCACGCAGGCGACUUGGAGUGUUCAGGAAAAGGAAAAUGCACCACGAAGCCAUCGGAGGCAACUUUUUCGUGUACCUGUGAGGACCAGUAUGUGGGUGCUUUCUGCGAAGAAUACGACGCCUGCCAGAGGAAACCUUGCUACAACAACGCGAGCUGUAUUGAUGCAAACGAAAAGCAAGAUGGGAGCAAUUUCACUUGCAUCUGCCUUGCCGGUUAUACUGGAGAGCUUUGCCAAUCCAAGAUUGAUUAUUGCAUCCUAGACCCAUGCAGAAAUGGAGCAACGUGCAUUUCUAGCCUCAGUGGAUUCACCUGCCAGUGUCCAGAAGGAUACUUCGGAUCUGCUUGUGAGGAGAAGGUGGACCCGUGUGCGUCGUCGCCGUGCCAGAACAACGGCACCUGCUAUGCGGACGGCGUGCACUUCACCUGCAGCUGCAGCCCCGGCUUCACGGGGCCGGCCUGCGCCCAGCUCGUUGACUUCUGCGCCCUCAGCCCGUGCGCCCACGGCACGUGUCGCAGCGUGGGCACCAGCUACAAAUGCCUCUGUGACCCAGGCUACCACGGCCUCUACUGUGAAGAGGAGUACAACGAGUGCCUCUCCGCCCCGUGCCUGAAUGCCGCCACCUGCAGGGACCUGGUGAACGGCUAUGAGUGUGUAUGCCUGGCGGAAUACAAAGGAACGCACUGUGAGCUGUACAAGGAUCCCUGCGCCAACGUCAGCUGCCUGAACGGAGCCACCUGUGACAGCGAAGGCCUGAAUGGCACAUGCGUGUGUGCACCAGGGUUUAUAGGCGAAGAGUGUGACGUCGACAUAAAUGAAUGUGACAGCAACCCCUGCCAUCACGCCGGGACCUGCCUGGACCAGCCCAACGGUUACACUUGCCACUGCCCGCACGGCUGGGUGGGAGCAAACUGUGAGAUCCACCUGCAGUGGAAGUCCGGGCACAUGGCCGAGAGCCUCACCAACAUGCCGCGGCACUCCCUCUACGUCAUCAUCGGGGCCCUCUGCGUGGCCUUCAUCCUCAUGCUCAUCAUCCUGAUCGUGGGGAUCUGCCGCAUCAGCCGCAUCGAGUACCAGGGCUCCGCCAGGCCGGCCUACGAGGAGUUCUACAACUGCCGCAGCAUCGACAGCGAGUUCAGCAAUGCCAUCGCGUCCAUCCGGCACGCCAGGUUUGGAAAGAAAUCCCGGCCCGCGAUGUACGAUGUGAGCCCCAUCGCCUAUGAGGACUACAGUCCUGACGACAAACCCUUGGUCACGCUGAUUAAAACAAAAGAUUUGUAAUCUUUUUUGGGGUUAUUUUUCAAAAAGAUGAGGUACUACACUCGUUGAAAUAUUUUUAAGAAAUUAAAAAGCUUAAGAAAUUUAAAAUGUUAGCUGCUCAAGAGUUUUCGGUAGACUAUUUAAGAACUAAUUUUCUGCAGCUUUUAGUUUGGAAAAAAUAUUUUAAACACAGAAUUUGUGCAAUCCAUAGACUCCGUUUUAAUGUACUUUCAGCUCCGUACACUGUAUGCUUCCACUAGUGUGUGCUCUUUCCGUGGUAGACACUAUCACAAAACCCAGAUUCAUUUCUGCGGUUGUUACAGAAUAAGUCUAAUCAAGGAGAAGUUUCUAUUUGACAUGUACGUGCUGGCUUUCUGAGUAGAGUUAGGAAAAACAUGUAAAGUAGAGUAUGAUGCAUAAUACAGUAUACCCGUUACUUAAAAAGAAGUCUGAAAUGUUUGUUUUGUGAAAAAGAAACUAGUUAAAUUUAUUAUUCCUAACACGAAUGAAAUUAGCCUUUGCCUUAUUCUGUGCAUGGGUAAGUAACUUCUUUCUGCAUUGUUCUGUGGAACUUUGCGGACACACUCGUUUGAUUUUGUUUUUGUCAUUUUUGUAACAGUCGUCGAACUAGGCCUGGAAAACAUGCAUCAAGAAAGGGCCUAGGGAGGGUGAAAUAUGAUCGAUUUGAAUCUGUAUUUUUCUUUAAGAAGUCAAGGUUUUUGUAUCGUGAGUAAAUUUGCAUUUGAGUUGUUUGUUGCUAGGAGGUAGUAAACGUAAGAGAGUACCGGCUCCUUCAGUAGUGAGUAUUUCUCAUAGUGCAUCUUUAUUUAUAUCCAGGACAUUUUUGUGGCUGUAUUUGAUUGAUCUGUGCUUCUUCCGAUUCUUGCUAAUUUCAAAGAAUAUUGAAUAAAUGUUAUCAAGUCAAGGA